UUCCUCAAAGUCCUGUUUCUCAUAAAUACCAGUCGGUAUUUCCCCUCUCCCAUUUCAACGGACAAGUCAAAAGCAUCAUGUUGGGACUUUGGAACAGAACUUUGGAAAAGGUGAGGACAGUGAAACCCACAAAUAUGAUGAAGACAUUCAGUCACUGGUUGAAACCAGAAACUCAGGUUGGUUGCAGAGGCAUUCCUCAGCAGGACAGACUGCCCCAUCUGCCUCUUCCAUCACUGAAGCAGACCUGCGAGCGCUACGUCAAAAUUCUGGAGCCCAUUGUGGGGAGGGAUGAGCUGAAUGACACGAAGAAGGUGAUGACAGAGUUUCUAAAAGAAGGCGGAGUUGGAGAGAAACUACAGGAAGGCCUGGAGAAGAGAGCACGUGAUACUGAGAAUUGGGUAGCAGAUUAUUAUAUUCAGUAUGCAUAUCUAAACAACCGGGACCCUGUGGUGAUUUUCUCAAAUACUGGGCAAGUCCUUCCCCGAAUGAACUUCAGGCAUAAGCAUGAACAAAUAAGGUUUGCUGCUGAGUUUACCUCAGCUCUAUUGAAUGUAAAGACAAUGAUUGACAAUGAGACACUACCAGUUGACCACAUGAGAGGGAAGCCACUGUGUAUGAAGCAGUACGAGCAGGUGAUGUCAACCUGCCGGGUCCCUGGUCUGAAGACGGACUCAUUGGUGUUCUAUGGAAAGAGCUCCAACCCCCCCAAACACAUUACUGUGGUUCACAACUGCCAGUUCUUUGUGCUGGAGGUGUACAACAGUGACGGGACUCUGCUGACAGUUGAUCAACUCUGUGUUCAGCUGGAGAAGAUUUGCAACUCAUCGUCACUGACCAACAUGGAGCCUGUGGGCAUCCUCACCACACAGCACCGUGACACCUGGGGCAAAACCUACUUUAACCUCAUGAAGGAUAAGACCAACAAAGAAUCAUUGACAGCUAUUGAAAGCAGUAUCUUCACGGUGUGUUUGGAUAGAGCGAUGCCCCCAGUGCCUGAUGACAUGUACUGCAACAGUGUUACUCACCACAUACUGCAUGGAGGAGGCAGCCAGUACAACAGUGGAAAUCGCUGGUUUGACAAAGGACUUCAGGUAAUUAUUGCAGAGGAUGGAAGCUAUGGUAUGAACUUCUCACAUGCUGGUAGUGAUGGAAUAGUCCGCAAUGAGAUGACUGCCUAUGCUAUGGCCCACAUGAACAAACUACAGACAACUCAAUCUUUCAUGGAGGUUUUGCCUUUGCCCAAACCACAGAAACUACACUUCAGCAUCACACCUGAAAUACAGGAGGACAUUGAGGAGGCGAAGCAACACAUUGACAUACUGGUCCAAAGCCUGGGUAUGGAGAGAACAAGGCUUGAGCAUUUCGGAAAACAAGCCAUUAAGGCCCUUCGGAUGAGUCCUGAUAGUUUCCUACAAGUGGCUUUACAGCUGGCCUACUACAGGAUGUACCAGCAGUGUGCUGUCGUGUUUGAAGCCGCCUCCCUGCGUAUGUUCAGACUGGGCCGCAUUGGUUCCAUCAAUGCAACUUCAACUGCCUCAGUUGCCUUUGUCAAGGCCUUUGAUGAUCCCAAAACAGAGAUCCCAGAGAAGGCAGAUUUAUUAGUGAAAGCUAUCCAAGAACACAAAUCUUUCACUGACAUGGUAAUGAGUGGCCAGACCAUAAGAGAACACUUUCUAAGUCUUAAGAUGCUGGCUGCAGAGAGAAAAAUAUCCUUCCCUGAAAAACUCUGGCCUGGUGAUAAAGCCUAUAACUUCCACAUUUCUACAAGUCAGGUAACGUACAAGAAUGGACUGAUGGGAUGUGUGGGACCUAUGAAAGCUGGUGAAUACCACGUGUUAUACGGUAUCGAGGACAACCACAUUGACUUGUUAAUGUUCUCCUUGGAGCAUUGUAAUACACCCAAGGGAAAAACUGCCCAACUGACCCAGGCUUUGGUGGAUGCACUGUUGGACAUGAGAAUGAUAUUUGAUCUCCAAACAGUCAACAUCAAGACAAGCUUAAAACAAUAACUCUGUGCGGCUGCCAAGGAGGUUUUGUCGUUGUUUGUCACACUUUCAAACACUC